CACGGCAAUCAUAACAUUCAAUUGUAAGAUCUGGCAAUUCUAAUAUCGGCAAAAGCGUUGAUUGUGUGGCCUGCGGUAUAUUCUCCAUUUUCUUGCUCAGAAAGUAAUAAUUCAUUAAAUUAUUAAGAAAGAUUUAAAGUUUUUUCUACGCUUACUUAAAGAGUGAAAACCUAUGGCGCGUGAUCAUUCUCCCUCCACGGAGAAGGCUAUGGAUAAAAAAGACUCGAAGGAUAGCAAAGAUGGCAUUAAGAAUUCUACAAACAAAGUAAGUUCAUCGUCAAAUUCAAAUCGCGGCAGAGAAAGGGAUCGCAGGCGACGUGGUUCAGCUUCGUCAAGUAGUGAUUCAAGUGAUAGCUCAUCAGACAGCAGUUCGUCACGCAGUAGCUCAGAGUCCGGGUCACGUUCGAGUUCGUCGAGCUCCAGCGGAUCGUCGACUUCGUCGUCAUCGUCGUCGUCCCGUAAGAGUGGUUCACGCUCACACUCCCGCAGCCCGCCUCCCAAAAGACGCGAGCGUUCCCGUAGUCCUCCGCCUAAACGUAGAGAUCGUUCACGUAGUCCACCAGUUAAACAAAGAGAUCGCAGUCGCUCCCGUUCUCGUAGCGCACAAGUUAAAAAUCGUGAAAGAUCUAGGACCCGUUCACGUAGUCCACCACCAAAACGUGAACGCCGUGAACGUUCUCGCAGUCCAGAUGUCAAGGCCCGCGAACGCAGUCGCGAACGUUCUCGUUCACGCAGUCUCGGCGCUAAGGUUCGCGAUAGAUCCGCCACACCUAAACCUACGCGUAUACACAUUGGUCGUUUGACUCGCAAUGUUACUAAAGAUCAUAUAGUGGAAAUAUUCAGUUGUUUCGGUGAGGUCAAAAAUGUUGAAUUUCCAACGGACCGUUAUCAUCCAAGCUUUGGCCGAGGCAUCGCUUACGUAGAGUAUUCCACUCAUGAAGAAUGCGAAAAUGCCAUAAAACAGAUGGAUGGUGGUCAAAUAGAUGGUCAAGAAGUUAGUGUUUCGCCAGUGCUAACACCGAAGAUACGUCCGGCUCCGAGACGUCCCUCUCCUAUAAACCGAAGACCUAUGGAACGUUGGCGUUCUCCGCCUCGUUUUAAUCGUUUCAACCGUAACCGUCGCUCGCCACCCCGUGGUGGCAGACGUUCGCCUAGGCGACGUUCUCGUUCCCCAAUGCGCCGACGUAGGCGUAGUAACAGCUCGGACAGCUCCCAUUGAAUUCAAUAGUGUAACUAUACAAUAGACAUGCGAAAAAUAUACAUAUACAUGAUCAUUUUUUAUUACAGAUAGAUCUUUCUAUAAU